AUGCCAUCUACUAUCAUAAAUCGGAAAAAGUUGCAGUCUGCUUUGCAAAGCGUCAACAAUUUCAGUAGCCCGAAAAUCCAGCUCGAACAGUAUCCAACGUCACCACAUGUGGCAACGGAUAUUUUGUUCAACAUGCAAAUGAUGCAUGGUUCGCUGCAAGGUAUGUCGGUUGCAGAUCUUGGAUGUGGACCAGGCAUACUUUCUAUCGGUGCGCGUCUAUUGGGAGCUAGUUAUGUGGUGGCUGUGGAUAUAGAUCCAGAUGCUAUCUCUGACCUUGUUCAGAAUUUAGAAUCUUUCGAUAUGAAAGAUGAGGCGAUUGAUGCUAUUUUGUGCGAUGCCAUCCGAUUUGGUGCAGAGGAAGAUCGGAAACUUUUUGAUACUGUGGUUCUUAAUCCUCCGUUUGGAACCAAUCUAUCCAAUGCGGGCAUCGAUAUAGAAUUUCUGAAGCGAGCUUUGUCCAUAGCACAGUGCCAUGUGUAUUCACUUCACAAAACUACUACUCGUGAUUUUGUCCUCCGUACAAUACGCAAUCUGAAUGCCCAAGCGGAAGUGGUUGCCGAAUUGAGAUUUGACAUUCCUCGGAUGUACAAACGUCAUCGACAAGAGACUGUUGACAUCGCGGUGGACUUGGUCCACGCAUGGUACUGA